AAAAAGAAUCAUAAUAACUAUUAUUAGAUUCUGCUAUUGAAGCUUUAAAUUAAUUUAAAUAAUCAGCAAAUGUUUCUUUUUAUUUUUUUAACACCAUCUUGUCAUAUUUUAAAAGAUUCAAAACUUUUUUAAAUUCAUACUUAGAUUGAAAAAGAUUCUCUAAUUGAAAAAUAUGAUAAAUUUAAUAUUGAAAUCAAAUUAAAAGUAAGUAAAAUGUCGGAAUUUGAGAAAAAAUUGUUACAUGUUUAAUUACACGCUGAUAUAUAUAAAGAAUAGAAUAAAAACUAAACGAGAAAAUAAGCGAAAUUAAUUACAUUUAAAAAAAACGAGAAGAGUAAGCCAAGAAAGAAAAAAAAGAGAACAAAAUAGUAAUAAACGAGAAAUACAAAGAGAUAUUUCGAUUUUUAUUAGAACAAAACAUUCGAAUGA